GCGACUUGCAAGUGGCGGCGGCGCCGACUACCGACGUUGGUGCAAAGACAACAAGCGACAAGGUCGGGGACAACGGGUGUUUGAGCGAGAGCUUGGACACGAAGUGUGCUACAUUUAUGUGCUAUAAGCUACAUUUUCAUAUAGUCGAGAGCUUGGACACAAAGUGUGCUACAUUUAUGUUCUAAACUACUACAAGUACACUAUUUUCCUUUCGAGGAUUAAAGAGUACUCACUCCGCUUCUAAUCCUCGGACCGUUUAUUCUAUUCGAAGGAGGGUUUGGCCUCGAUGCGUCGACGACGACAAUUGCCGGGCCUCCGUCGCCGUGACAUCCACAUGCAAGAGGACUUGUGUAGUGUAACAGGGAACAAGCUUUCUAUUUAAGGCUACAGCAAUAAAUCCAUCUAGUAUUCGCAAACUAGAUAACUACAUCUUGGCGUGGUUUUUUUUCUAAAAGGGUGGAAAAGAUGCAUCAGGAGUCCCACUUUCUCUUCUUGCUGCAGGAGAAUCAUCGCCUUUUAAAGACAACUUCUCAGGGAGUACUUCGAUUCUCGGAACAUAUUUACAUCUAAGUUCUCAAAGCAGUAAAAUAAAACAACCGGUUAGCUUUUUCCUCUAGAGCCUUAGCCCUUCAAGCAACGCAUUUACAUCUUAGUUCUAAUCUAUGCGAGACCUGCAAUGGACGUUGGGCCAUGUCGCUCGUACGGUAGAAUUUGACGGGCUCAAAACCGAGGUAAUGCGAAAGAAAGCGUUAGCUCAGUUCCGCAUGGCACACGAAAACAUGGACUUGAACCAAAUCUUGAACGAAAUGAAUCGCGCCGAACAAUUAUACCUUGCUUUUGCUGGGGAGAAAGGGAAAGGGUUAUGAAGAUACUAGAUCAUGCCGCCUUUUUAUCGUGAUAAUCUUAUCGCAUGUCUUCCUCGAAGUCAUAAGAGCCAUACCUGUGAUAUAAGGUAGAAUAAGAAGUCAUUGAAGCAGCUAAGUCAAGAGGAGGAGCACGAUGAUGAAACUGAUUGUUGUAGGCUCAUGUACAUUGAUUCAUUUCAUUGUUGUAAUAGUUCUCCAGAUUUCAACUUCUUUCACACUUCUAACAAAAAAGUUGUUAAAGAAUGGGAGCCAUAGCGGAGAGGCGAAAAAGGAGGAGCCGCCAUCAAUGCAGCUGCAAUCAUAAUCAUAAGGGCGAAAAAUGAUCAUAAUUGUUGAGGAUGAGGAGGAGGGGGAUCCAUUGUUGAACCAAAUUAACUCAAGUAUGUCCGCCUUCGCACAGGCAGACGGUUCUUUGCACAGAGAGUGUACACAGGGAGAAGUUUACACAAACAACACCAACAUUUUGCCCUCCUUAAGCUUAUGAUAGAAACCAGUAAGAUUUCAGGUGAAUGAUCACGUCACAAAGAAACCAGUAGUUGUAAAAAGUCACAAAGCAACCAGUAACAGAGAAACCAGUAAAAAGUCUUAAACAAGUCGCCUGAAGUCAAAAGUCACAGAGAAACCAGUAAAAAGUCACAGAGAAACCAGUAAAAAGUCACAACAAAACCGGUAUAAAAACGAGUCAUAUCUGAGUUUGCACCUUCUAGAAUCCAAGUAUUAUGCAUCUUUGUCCUUCUUCUGCGUAUAAUGAUGAUGAUUUUCCAGUAUGAUGAUCUGAAAUUAACUUACUGAGCUAGGAGUAGGACUAGAUGCUUCAUCUAGAUCUACUAUAGACACUAGAGGAGUCUCCUGCUUUGCUGUCAUAUAUUUUGGUACAUCGUACGUUUGGCCGUCGUUUCUCUGAGAUCGGUUUCUGGCUCUACUCGAGCCUGUUUCGUCCCGGACAACGCGGCAUGGCCGUAGAGCCGCGGACCUUUAACCUUGAACCUUGAACCUCGUUUCUCUGAGAUGUGCAUGUCUUUUAGAUUUAGAGUGACACGAACAGUGAACGUCUAGAAUAGUAUUGAAGUGGGUCAUCUUCGUCUUAACGCAGGACAAAGAAUACUAUUUCUAUGAAAAAAAUACGCUCGCUCAUCCUGUAGCCGGAAGUUCUUGUAGGGUUCUGAGACGGAGAAGACUCGUGGAAUGACAAUACCAAUCUCGAAGAAGCAACGCCUACGAUCCGCCUAGUCUCCUGAAGACUAGGAGGAUGUUGAGCGAUGAACACCACAGGGUCUCCUGAAGGCUAGUAGGAUGAACACAGGCGUUUUUCUGGUACAGUGU